AUUGUUUGUACAGAUGAACGUGCUACCUUCAGGCUUUUGGAAAUUUCUCCCAAGGAUGAACCAGACUUGUGGAGGUUUACAAUUUUUUUUACCAUAACUGACCUACUGUAAUAACGCGCCUUGCCCACACUGGUAUGACAACGAGCCAUACCAGCACAGGAAACCGAUGCCUUGGGGGCCCAGCUAUGGUCCCAACUCAGAUCACAAUCACUGGCAACCUCCCCCAUCAUGCCACACCACCAUACCCCAGGUUCCACAGACCUCCACACCACCUCCCGCCACCACCUCCAAACCCCUGCCUUCCGCCACCGCCUCCCACUGACCACCAGUAUCACCCCCAAAGAGAGGGCUCCCAGCAGGUCCUACGUUUGCACAAGUUCCCUGUCCCUGAUGGGUACAGGAACUCUCCAGACUUGGAUGACCAUGGCUUUCCCCCACAGCACUCUAAAAGAGACAGAGGGGGCUAUGGUUGGAGUGAUGAUGAGUAUGAACAGCAGGGUAAUGACCAGCAAGGUUCUUCUGAAUGGCGGCAGAGGUUUGACAGAGGAUCCGCACCAACCACCAGAAGAUACAACAUACGACUGAUCCUUCUCUGGUUCUCAUUCUGAUGAGGGGAGCCCCGGGUCUGGGAAAUCAACACUGUCCAGGUGUGUGUUUAUCAGGGAAACAUUGUUGGGUAACAUACUACAAAGGUUUUAGAAAAAGUAUAUAGACAGUUUAAUAAUCAGUAAUAAAAUGGUUGUAAUUGGUUGAAAUUAUGUGAUUCUCUAUUUGUCAAGCAUCAAAAUGACAAUCGCACAAUUUCAACCAAAAUGUUAACUAUUUACUACUGUCAUGACGUUGCCCUUUUGGGCGAGGUUUAUGACCCCCCCCCAAAUACCUUUCCCACUUUUUUCUCCACUCUACAGAAUGGACUCUUGGAAAGCCUUGUGUUACCACAGAGAAAGUAUGGUACCAUCAAAAGGUUGGGGGGGAAUGGAACAAUAUUUCCCUUUCUCAACCAGUUGAAAGUGUCCGUUGCUACAAAAAGAAUAUGAUAUCAGAUCAGUUGGUGUCUGGGACAUUAUAUCUGAUGAUAGGACGACAUAAAUUGUAUCUUGGAAAGUCAGAUUCACAUGGAUUUGUUGUGCAAUUUCAAUGUUUAAAUAUGAGACUAUUUUUGAAAAGAUGAAAUGUAAUUUUAGCUGCCUAAAUAAGAGAAUUGUAAGUAAAACGUAGGUCCACUCAGUGGCCAAGCCCAAGUGAACAUUGCUUGAGAACUAUGAAACACGCCCUUCUCUCCCCCAGUACAAAAGGCCAUUGACGGAAGUCAAACUUAGUUCACGAUGACGUGAGGACUGGUGUCCGUAUGUUUUAAAAGGGCUAAUUUCAAUGUGGAGGUGACGAUCACCACGCUGGAAUGGUGAAUUUUGACUAGACCAGCCAGAAUUCAGCACAAGCUGAUUAUGGCAACUUGGUAUGAACUUUGAACAAUUAUUCACUAAAGAAGCGAUACGUCCAAGACGUCGAGUUAUCAGCUGCAGCUGUAAACGUACGUGGCCUAGGAAAGGACAAACCAUCUACUGAGAACGACAGGGUACUUCAACGUAUCCGCUCUACAACACUACGACCACAAAGAUUCUUCAAAGGACAACUGCGAUCUCUGCUGGGUAAACCAGUCUUCCAACUAUCGAAGCACAGCUCAGUGUAAAUAUAUAUCUUGCAUUUUACUUUUCCGAAUGGGCGGCAAUUAGAAUGCAUAAGAUUCUGUAUUUACGGUAGCAUAGCUUCUCAAGGUCCGAUAGACCCAAUCCCUUUGUCCUUCAGUCUUCCCGCUCUUUCAUUCAAACCCAACCCCUUCCUUUGUGUAACCAGCCGUCAUAUCGGGUUAGCCCACUAGGGGCUUUUCAUUACAUGAUUAGUAAUCGAUGUAUGAUAUAUCGUGUGAUUUUUAUUUAGUAAAUAAAUAAUUAAGCCAAUUUGUGUAUUGCUGAUUCAACUUGUUAGCUAGGGUUCGUGCAGAUAACCAAGUACUUAGGACAAUCAGAAUGAGACCGAUCGAGGUGACGAUUAAUAAUUGACUCCUAUUGAUAUAAAAGAUCUUCAGAUCUUUAAGAGUAGAUUGACGAGAUAACCGCUCUAUAUAAAUGAAUGCUUCCGUGGUGCCCCAGGUUAUUAAUGGUUUAAUUGUUACAUGGUUUAAUUCAAUCACGUAAUCAAUUAAACAUUAGGUUAUCGAUUUGAUAAAAUAGCAUGUCAUAUAAUUUAAUCAUAGAGACACGACUCUACUCAUGUUUGAAUCUCUUUUUUUUUAAGCAUUUGUUUUGAGCCAUUGCAUGUGUGUUACUCUAGGGAACUGCUGUCGACAGGCUCCAGUGGGCUGAGUACAGAUGUCUACUUUUUCCUGGAGGAAGGCUACCCCUACGACCCCAGCCUGCUUGGGGCCGCACACUAUUGGAACCAGAACAGAGAUUGGCUCAUAGCAGUGUCUUUACAAAAGUCCAUCGUUGUUAUAGUUUAAAAAUGUUUUUAAGCUAUAUUCUGAUUUUAUUGAAAACCCAGAAAGAGAGAAUGACAGUGGGAAAGAUAGAAAUUGUGUCAAAGGGUAGUAGGCCUGAUUCAAACCUAUGCCGAUACUGAAGAUGCAUGUUGGAAGCUGAGGCAUUCAUGUUAGACCAGCCAGGCCACCAUCAUUGCUAUUAAUAUUUUGUAUUGUUUAAUUGGAUAUAGUGUUAUGUUUGUUUUGUAAACAUGUAAAAAAGGUGUAUAGAUUAAUCAUUUUACAUCAAUGCUUUGUAUUCUUUCAGCCAAAGUCAUGUGUAAACGCUGUUCUCCUGUCAUUAUUGAUAACACAAACAUGCAAGCUUGGGAAAUGAAGCCAUACGUUAAACUGGCCUUGGCGAGAGGAUACAGUAUCACCUUCAAUGAGCCUCACACCAGUUGUAAAUUUGAUCCCAUAGAGUUAGAGAAGAGAAACAAGCACAGUGUGUCAAGGAAGAAGAUUGGGCAGAUGCUGGAGCGGUUUGAGAUGCCCAUGUCCCUGGACAUUGUGAUGAACUCCCAGGAGCCGUUUACACCCACAAGACAUCCCUCACAGCAGCAGAGACACAAGAGAACAACUAGUCCUUAUGUCCUGGGGGUGUAUUCAUUAGUGCACACCGUAGCAAAACGUUCUGCACUGUAG